GGAGCACUUCGUUCUGUUGUUUUUUACCCUCUACAUUCUGCUAUAAAUAUUUCUUUUUUUGGAGCGCCUCCUUCAUUUUGCAUUAAUUUAUACAAAAUACAAUUGUGGUUAUUAAAUUCUCUUUUACAAGAAAAAAUUGUUGAAAAUUUGAUAAAUGAAGGGCCGGGAGUAUUUAUCGGUUUUGUUGAAUUUAGAGAUCUUUUGAGUAGCGAUACGAGAUUAAAAUAUAAAAUUAGAAUAAUUCCGAUAGAAAGAAGAGAAAUAGAUGGAAAUUGUAUUUGUGAAUUAAAUAAUAAAUGUGGGUUAUUUCUGAUUGGUUUACAAUGCCAAAUGCUUCUACAUCUUCAAUUACUUUUAAUCACGAACCUAUACAAGAAACAAUUUCCCUAUUAAAUACUAGCAAAAAUGAAAUAUUAAAAUUAAACGAAGAAAAAACAAAUUCUUUAUUUUUGUUAAUUUUAAUUUGUUUAUUCCUUGCCUUAACUUUUAUUCUUCUUACUUUUGCAUUUUUACUUUUUAUUUUAAAGAAAAUUGGCUGGAUAAAAGGAAAAAGGCAAUCCUUUAUUAUUAUCAGAAAACCAAAAAAUGAACAUAAUAUCCUAGCUACCUCCAAGAAAUACAACAAUAGUGGUGUUCCUUUAUUAAAUGGGAAUGUUUCUGGUGGUGUUUAUUCGAUUUUAUUAGCCAAUGCCCAACCAACAAAAAGUGCCGAUUUGGAACGUUUUGCCCGUUUGUUAGUUAAAAACGGCGUUAGAAUAUUUUAUGAUCGUUGGGAUAAAACGGCUAUUGAAAGGAAUUUACUUCUUUGGGUACAACAAGCAACAACAAAAGCUGAUAAAGCAGUUUUCUUUUGGGAUAAAAGAGCCGAACAAUUAAUUACUCCAAAUGAAGUAUCAAAAACAAGUACAAAUAUUUCUUGUAAUUCAUCAGACAUUUUUGAUCACGUCUUUUGUGCUCUCCAUCAACAAAUGGAUCCGGAAAAAACUAUUUUUGUUAAUUGGGAUGAAUCCGCUAUUAAUGAAAAACCUCUUGGAUGUGUGGGAGAGAAUAGGCCGUUCCUUUUUUCGAGAGAUUUGGCAUUAAUUUAUACAGCAUUAAAUAUUCCAGCGAGUGAAUUAGACAUUCAAAAAUUUGCACGUUUACCUUCCUCUUCUUUAAUUUCUUCUUCAACAACUCCUUCAUUAACUAUUUGCGUGCCAAUUAAGGCAAAUAGUAAAUUAAAAGAAAAUAAAAAAAUUGAAAAAGAUAAAGGAAAUAAUUUAAAUAAUGAAGAAAAAGAAGAAGAAAAUGUAUUUUUAUUGCCAAAUAAUGAAGAAUGUGAAAAUGAAGGAAAUAAGGAAUUGUUGUUGAAUAUUAAUUCAGCUAAUCAAGACAAAUUAAGAGAAGAAAAAGAAAGGCAAUUAUCUGUAUUUGAUUCAGGAAUUGAUUCUUCUUGUGUGAUUGCCUUAUAA